ACAGAAAAUCAUUAUGUUUCUUUGUUGGUAAACUAAAUUCCGAAAUUCCAAAAUUUAUUACAUUUUAAAUACAUUAACAUUUAACAUUAUUAAACAUUCGAUAACCAGUUUAUAUUUCUUAUUUUAAUAUUUAAUAUUUUGAAUGUUGAAAUAUUCAAACUAAGUAUCUAAUUAGUAUUUAGUAAUACAAUUUCAAUUUACGAAGGUUGUUUUAAAUUUAUUUUCCAUUUUUUUUUUUUUAUAAUAUUUAAUUUAUUUAUGUAAUAUUUAUCAGUGCUAUGAUCUUUUCUUAAUCAUCUGUGUUAUUAGCGUAUGAAUAGGUUGAUAUUUAUAGUUGAAUAUUUUUAUAAUUUAUAGAUCUUUGGUUCAAGCUGAUUUAAAAAGACAGUUUUAAUGGAUCCAUCAGUUUUAACAACAUUAAAAAUUCUAUUAAUUGGACAAAGUGGAGUUGGAAAAUCAUGGUAAGUUACAUAUUUUUGCUUAAUGCCAGUCAUGUUUCUAAAAUAUGAAUUAUGUGUGUAUGAUAUAUUUUCUAUCAGUAUUCACAAUCAUAAUUAAUAACUCAAUUUAAUAGAUAUAUAAUUAUGACCUAAGUGAAACAGAAGUCUAAAAUUGUAAUUUUACUCAAUUGACACUUGUUAACUAAAUUACUUAUUGAGCACAAUUUAAUUAAUACUUAUGCAUUUAUAGUUUAUACAUAAUAAUAUAUUAUAGUAUAUGUGUUUAUAUUUUUAGUCUAUUAUGCAGAUUUACUGAUGAUACAUUUAACAUAGACAAUGCAGUUACUAUUGGAGUUGAUUUCAAAAUGAAAAAAAUCACAGUUGACAAUAAUAAUAUUAAAUUAGCUUUGUGGGUAAGUAAUUAAAAUUGUAUAUUAAUGUAAGCAAAAUGAAUUAAUGAAUUUUUUAGGAUACUGCUGGACAGGAAAGAUUUCGUACACUCACCCCAAAUUAUUAUCGAGAUGGCCAAGGCGCUAUACUUGUGUAUGAUGUAUCAAAUCGUGAAUCAUUUACAUGUUUAGAAACAUGGAUUAGUGAACUUAAAACUUAUUCUACUAAAACUGAUAUUAUUAAAAUGGUUGUUGGAAAUAAAAUUGAUCAGGUUUGUAUAUUUAAUUGGGAAACACUAUAAUACCUAUUAUACCAGUAUAAUAUCUAAGAUAUCUAUUAAGCAGAUAUACUAAUUUAUUUUGAAUAAUGUAUGUCUAUGGCCCACUGCGAUCUGAAAUUAUGAACCUAGGUAAACAAAUAGGGACCAAUAAGAUAUCAGUCAAAUUUUUAAAUUUAAAUUUCAGAUUUCUAUAAAGAUGCUCACAUACCAAGUUCGUGUAUAAAUAUGAUUAUAAAAAUUGAAUUAAUUUUUCAAAAAAAAAUAAAUUUAUAUAUUUUUAAAACACAAAAAUCUAAUUACAGAAGAUUUUGAACACUCAUUAUGUCGAUAACCUUUAUAAAAUAUAUUACCCUAUAUAUCAUAUCUUUUGAGAAACCUACCUAAAACAUUGGUUUACCCUUGAUGUAUAGUAUAGCCAGCUUUUUAAAAUUAAAACAUUAUUUUACUUUUUUUAACUUCAGGAAAGACAGGUUACCCGUGAUGAAGGUAUUGCCUUUGCUCGUCGUCAUCAAACAUUAUUUAUUGAAACAAGUGCUAAAACCAAAGAAGGAGUUUAUAUGGCUUUUGAAGAAUUAGUUAGAAAAGUAAGUCUAUUGUUUUUAGAAGAUAAUUAUCUCACGUGUGUAAUAAACUCAUAUUUUAAUCACCCAUUUCAUCUUAGUUUUUAUUUUAAGACUUAAAUUCUUAAAUAAUAGAGAAGUUAUUUUAUUAAAAAAAUAUUACUUGAAAUAAGCUAAAUAAAAUAUUAUGACCAUUAAUUAUAUUAUUUUUUGUAUGCAUUUUUUUUAAAAAAUGAUGACAUUUUGCAUAUACAUUUUUGUAACUAUUACUAUCUUUAGCCAAGUAAUGUUUUUGAAAAAUACUAGGUAUUUUAAACUUUUUGAAAUCAUACAAUCAAUAUAUAAUUAUUAAUCUGUAUACUUAACCUAACCUUAUCUACCCAGUAAUGCCAUUUAUAUUAAAGUAUUAACUUUUUAUAGUGACCUUCAUUUGUAUUCCAAUUAUUUUACAGACCGCUUUUCUAAAAAUGUAUUUAUCCAGCAUUAAACAAAUACAUGGGUAUGAAUGACAUAACUAUUUUGAGAGGGUUUAACACUCCGUAAUAUUGAAUAUGUAUACUUAACAUUUACUUGCUUAGGGGGGAAGCAAUUGGCAUCCUAUGAGCUACAAUUCACACUUGACAGAUAAUUUUGAGUUCUACAUUAUACUUUAAAACUUUAAAUUUUUAGUAUUAUCUAUAAACUAUUAGUUCAUUAUUCAACAUAUAAUGGUUGAGAAUUUAAAAAAAAAGUAUUAUCUAAAUUAAUUUUCGGUUUAGUUAUAUAAACUACGUAUAUAUAAUAUUUUAAACUUAAAAAAUAUUACUUUGUCUAAUGUUGUAUACUUAUUACUGUAUUAUUUUCAUUAAAUUUGCCAAGUGACUUUAAUUUGUUUUUGUUUAUUUUUCAGAGUAAACAUUUACAAAAAAAUCUUAACUUUACUGUAGACAAUUUUAAAUUCAGAGCGUAGCGAGGGAUUUUUUGGUUUUACUAUGAUGUAUACUUUUUUUUAGUCUGUAAACAACUUUUCAAAAAGAAAUCUUGCUCCAUAUAUAGAUUAGAGUAGCUUCUCUGAAAGUCAAUUUUGUCUUGUGCAUUAGAGAUGUCAAUUGAUUUUCCAAAGAAUUUAAAAAUAAUUUUAACCUUAAAGAAAAUUAUAGAUAAAACAGUAAAUAUUUAUGGUGCAUCAUAACGUUAACCAUUUUAUUAUUUUUAAUAUUUGCAACUUAAGGUUUCCAUCAGAAAUAUUGUGCCAAUUGAAAAAUUAGAAGAGAUUUUGUUCUUUUAAACAUAAAGUUACUGACAAAGAAAGUCGUUUUUGUUGUCUACAGAAUUUUUCAUAAUAACAAAAAGAACCAACAAAGACGAAAAAUACAAUUUUUUUUUUCGAAUUGCGGCACAAUAAUUUUAUUAUUUUACAUUUGUAUGUAUGACUAUAUUUUCUACUAUAAAUAUUGCUCCUGUAGAAAAACAACAAAAUCCCUUUUUUAUUGAAUUUUUAAUCUAGUUUGUAACCAAGAAAGUCGUAUUUUGAUUUUCUUUGUAGUAUUGUUAAUAAUUAAGCAAAACUGAAAAAUACGUAGAAAGAACAGGAAUAUUUACAAAAAUAAUUCUUUUAUUUCUUGUUAAAUUUUUUUUUGUUUUUAUGUAAUGUAGUUAAAAAUAUUUGUAGAGACUUAAAAUUUUGAUAAAAAACUCAUUUUUACUUUUUCUAGACAUGAUAAAAUUUUCAAAACAUUUGAGAAUUUUUGAAAUUUUUAUUUAAUUUUUUAUUUGGUGGGCAUUCUGUGGAUACAAUUGUUAGACUAAACAAAAUUAUUUGAAAAUUCGAUAGAGAAUUAAUUAUAAGAUGUACUUAGUGGUAAAAAAUAUUGUGUGUAAUGUAGUAUUCUUUUUUUUAGAAGUUUUAAAAGUAAAUUUUUUAUGACAUUCGUAAAUAUUACUGCCUUUCAAAACAUGUAUAACUGAAUUUCGUUCAGAAUGGUUUUUGUUACCAAUAUUUUAUCAUUGGUUACAAGUAUUAAUUAAAUAACUAUGUAUUCCACCAUUCUAAAUACCCACCUACAACAGUGGUCGUGCCUGUCUCUUCGCUAUUUUUUUGUUUUCUUUAAAAUCAUAUCCUUAUUAUUGAUGAUCAAUGCAAUCAAUAUUGUGAAACCUAAUAAAUGACAACUUAUGUUUUAUGUUUUAAAUUAAAUUAAAUUGUGUUAUAAAUAGAUUCUUAAUACUCCAAGCUUAUGGGAAAAGGUAGAAGAUGCCAAUGUUGUCCGAUGUAAUGAUGGAAAUUCUUCGAUAUCGGAGCAAAAGUAUUGCUAUUGUUAACAAUAUUUACACUGUUUACUAUUAAUAAAUUAUUAUGUUGUGCACACAUACAUAUACUGCUAAUAUGUAAAAUUAAUUAUUUUAAGAAUUGCAGUUUCAAAAAUAAUAAUAAUAAUAAUUUAAUCUUCUUAACAAAUGAUUAUAUCAGUUUAAAUAUAAUCAUAAGAAACAAAUAAAUUAUUUUAAAGAACCUAAAUUACAAUGAAGAUUAUUUAUGUAGAUUAAUCACAUAUUACAAUUACUUGAACAUGUAUUUUACCAUUUUAUGAUUACUGAAGGUGUUAUAACUACAAAAUAAUUUAUCCAAAUUGAUCCACAACAUUUUUUUGAUAUUUUAAGAGAAAUUUUUAGUUUUUUUUUUUGCGCUUUGGUGUGCAUUUUUAAUUUUAAAUGUUAUCUAAGUCAAAAAUAAAAAAAAAUUAAUAUUUUAAGUUUAUGAAAAUUUAUUUACCAUUGUAAUUACUUUUAUGUGAUCACAUGUAUUAUUAUAAAUAUGUUUUGUUUUAUUCGUAAUUUU